CAAACUAUAAAACAACACAAUUAGAUACAUGUUGUAUAUCAAUUAAUGUUAUUUAAAAAUUAUAGUUUCCACUAUUAUAUAAUCCAUAAUGUUUUUCAGUAACUUUAUUGUUAUUUUUUUGGCAUGUUACUUGUCAAUAGAAAAUAUAAACUGUAUUCAGAAAAAAGUUAUUAUUUCUGGACGAGAAAUUCAUUACCGAACUGAAGGCCAUGGAGAGCAUACAUUACUGCUGAUAGAUGGAACAUUAGGUGACAUAGCUGCCAAUAAUUUUUUGAACAUUUAUAAUAAUAUUGACGAAAAUAAAUUUAAAGUCAUACAAGUAGACUUACUUGGUUAUGGAAGAAAUCAAUAUGAGAAAAGAAACUACACUGAUAAGUUUUUUUUUGAAAAAGAUGCACGUUUUCUCCAUGAAGUUAUGGAAGCUUUAAAUGAAAAAGAAUACUCUGUUGCGGGCUGGGGCUACGGAGGAACUGUUGCUCUGGUACUUGCGGGUAUGUUCCCCAAAGAAAUAAUAAAAGUUGUUGAAUGGGGUGCCAAACCAUUUAUUUCGGAAGAAAUUAUUAAACAAGCAAUGUCUAGGAGUAAUAUACAGAAUUGGGAUACGCCAGAAUUAAUUAAACAACUUAAGAAUCACACGCGAGAUUACAUUAUUGAAUGUCAUAAAAAUUUAGCUGAUGGUUUUAGACUAUUACUUAAUGAGAAAAGUGGUAACCUUACACAAUAUUUUUCAAAAAUUACAGUUCCGACGUUGCUGAUACACGGUAUCAAAGACAAUUAUGUAAAAUUGGAGCAGCCAUUAGAAAUACAAAAAAUCAUAACAUCGGCACGAAUUGAGACUUUACAAAAUGCUAGUCAUUCUCUCCAUAAUGAUGAAGACUUUAUAAAUCUCAUUAAAGGUUUUUUAUAACAUUAUUUCUAAAAAAAAUGUUGUUUGGGUAGUCUUUAUAAAAAUUUAAAAAAAUUAAUGUACUAUUAUAUUAUUAUUAUUAUUAUUAUUAAUAUGCAAAUUUAUUACUCCGACUAAUAUAAUGUUAAACUUUUCAAUUGACUUUAUGUAAUAGAUUUUUAUUGUUGCAUAAAUUAUGUUUGGUUUUACUGUAAACAUUAAUAUGAUUUUUUUUAUAAUUUGAUGGUAUUAUAAUUAUUAUUGAUUGAAAA